GGAAAAUCUUGAAAUAGCUGUUACGCACACACAGUAAAGAGUGUACUACACAUUGCGUGUUUUAAAAAUGGAAGGAAGGGAUAUUGGUAAAAGGGAUAAUGUCUUUUUAAGAAUCAUUAAGAUAUUGGCAGCUUUGUUCGUGUUCAUGGUAUUUCUACAAUUUAACAUACUGGACAUACGUGAAAUUGGAAACGGAAAUCACUUCAUUAGAAGACAGCACAAUUCUGCCAUACAACAGCUUGAGCAUCGUGUCUGGAACGAACAUCUUACAAAUCACUCAGUUUAUAAAGGCGGCCGUUUGUUGACAGAUGACAACCUAGGGAAUAUAAAACCUAGAAGUAUAGAGCACUGCCGUAGUCAGAGGUUUUUGGUAUUCAAAUGUGAUUCCUCGAGUUUAUGUGGAGGUUUGGCUGACCGUCAGAAAGGAAUUGUGUCCUCUUUUCUCCUGGCAUUACUUACAAAUAGGACUUUUGUCGUCGAUAUGACAACUCCGUGCGAGCUAAACAACUUUCUCUUGUCAAAUAUUUACAAUUGGUCAAUGUGUACUGACUUUCUGAAGACUGUCCCAAAGACAAACUUCAUUGAAUUAAAGUAUGUUAAUGGAAAUACAAAGAAAUUCCGGAAUCAAGUUAAAAGUUUCAAUUUUGACAGAAACUGGACAAAACAAGUAGUAGUUUUACGAUUAAACGCCCAUGCAAUCGACGGGAUAAGACAACAUAAACAAGCUAGAUCACGACUUAAAUGGUUGAUGAAUAUUACAAAUGAAGAAGCAAUACAUUUAGUACUGCAUACUCUGUUUAAGCCAAACCAAAGACUAUUGAAGGAUGUUGUACAAUUCUAUGAUAAUAAAAUACUAGGGAGGCAUUUAGUAUGUAGUCAUAUUCGAAUUGGGAAAAAUCCAAGCAUUCCAGAGGACGAAACACGUCCUAGGGGAUAUUCAAAUGAGACUGUGAUAUUUGACUUUUUGGAAAAGUACGAUGAUGUCCGAAAAUAUGUCAUUUAUAUUGCUUCCGAUUCAGAAGAUACAAAAAGACAUGCUGAAACCAGAUUUAAAUCAUACAUUAAAAUAAAUCGAACAAUUGUUCAUGUUGACCGGCUAGGAAAGCUAAAACAUUUCACAAAAGAAGCUUGUGAGGGAUUGUAUACAGCACUUUCGGAGCAGUCAAUUCUAACUCUAUGUGACACACUACUUUUAACACGUAGCGGCUUUGGUACUAUGGCAGCGUACUUAAGAGGCACCUCUGACAAUUUAUUUUUGUUUCAUCCGAAAACAUAAAGAAUACUUGAAUCAAAUCUAACAAACAUUCAAACGAUUUUUAAAUUCCUUUAAAAAGUAAUGUUUCCGUUUAUAGCACAUCUUUAAUGUUAAGAAGUUUCUACGUUAUUAAAAUCAAAAGUACAAACGCAAUGGCAUUAAAGGGGUAUGUAAUACAUAGUCACGACUCGUCCCAGUUAAAUGCCCGAAUUGUAAGCUAAGAAACAUGGCAUAUAAAGUUUAAAUGUUAUUGAAAAAAAAUUUAACGGGUCAUAAAAAGCAAAAUUUAGCCACACAUUACUUUUAAAUGCACUAAAAGUACCAGAAUAUUUAGCUCGACUUUUCGAGGAAAACGUUGUGCUAUUACACUCACCCCGGCGUCGGCGUCGGCCUCGCCGUCGGUUAAACUUUUUGGUAAAAUCAAAUAUCUCUGUUGCUAUCAAAGCUUUUGACUUGAAACUUAAAAUAUUUAUUUACUAUCAAAGUGUAAACCAGGAGAAGCAAUCCCCAUUACUCUGAUUUGAAUUUUGACAGAGUUAUGCCCGUUUUUAAUUUAGAUUUUGUUUGUUAAAAAUUUAUAAAGUGUUUACUGGCAAAAAAUCUAAUUCAGAGUCGAGCACUGAGAAAAGUCGUGCUUGCUGUCUUAUGGACAACUCAUUAUUAUUUGCCUUUUCAAACAAACUGUAGUCGACGUAAUGAUAAAGAUUGUCUACCCUUUCUGUCUCAUUAAUUAUUUCCUAUAAUCUAAAUCAAAAAAGUAGGUAUAGAGUAGCGGUUGAAUACCUUCAAGUUAUACAGUUUUCAAGUUUUUGUAGACUAUUACAUGUACAAUAUCCGCAAAAUAAACUUUUAAGGCAAUUCGGCGAUAUGGUUCGGAGUAUUUAAAGGCUGUGAAUGGCUAAAUUACUCCAUACCCACUAUUCCGACCUUACUGAUACUGCAAUUUGACUGAGAUCGCAUAACUAUAUUCUGUCUAUUUACUGUCAUUGAUUGUCUUUUAUUAACUGACCAGAGCACAAAGUGCUCAAGGUGAGCUAUUGUUAGCGGUCAUUGUCUAAGUUUGAGUUUAAGUUUGAGUCAGAAUGUUUGUCUUGGUGAUCUCUGUGUCAUGUGGGAUAAAAAACUAGGUCACCCGGUCAGAUCAAAGGAAAAGAUUGUGAACGCUCUAAAGGCCACAGUUGUGAUCCAGUCUUUAUGAAACUUUGUCAGAAUGUUUGCAUUGAUGAUCUCCAAGUCAAAUUUGAAACUGGGUAAUGUGGGUUCAAAAACUAGGUCAGUAGGUAAGAUCAACUCUGAUGAGAGAUAUAGGGCCAUCAUGGCCCUCUUGUUUUAUUUCUACCCCGUUAUGUAUCAAGGAAGUACAUGUAAAAUGCACGACAAUGAAAAGCUCAACAAAUGUAAUAUUACUCAAAACAUAAUUGAAAAUUGAAAACAGUCAAACCAGCAGAAUCAUGAAUAUUUACUUUUUUCUCAAAUACAAUUUUUAGUGGAAACUUAAUAUCAAAUUUAGUAUUGUAAGACCGUUAAAGGACUUUAUAAUGGAAAUAUGUGUUGCUUGCACAACUCUGUAGAAUAUUUGACACACAGAAGUGUGAUAUUACUUAAUAAUUACAAUUUUGCCAAAAUGACACUCGUGCUGUUAAUGCAUUGUUUUUACUUUUUAAAUGUUUUUCAUGGGAUGGACAUAUACCCGUGCGCAGACUGUUA